AUGGCUAAAGGAGACAAAGACAAGUCUGACAAGACACCAUCAAAGAAGGUCUCCCUUCUUGCCAAACCAUCAAACGCAAGUGGAGGUGGAAAAGGUAAAAAAAAGAAGUGGUCAAAAGGAAAGGUCAAGGAUAAGACUACCAACUCAGUCUACUUCGAUCAAGAAGCAUUAGACAAACUUUUGAAUGAAAUCCCAGCCAAAACAAAACUUAUCACUCCUUCAGUACUUUAUGACAAGCUGAAUAUUAAUGUCUCUCUUGCAAGGCAUGCAUUGGCGGAUCUCGAAGCCAGGGGAGUCCUCAAAGCUGUUGGAGACUUACAUCACGCACAAAAAAUAUACACUCGUGCAACCCAAGCAGAAGCUUAA